AUGGGUGUUCCCACUACCGACAGCGCUAAUAGCAGCAGCAGUAAUCAAGGCUCUACUGCUGACCAUUAUAAGCCGACCGCAAAGAUCAGCUCUCCAGCAGAAGAUCAAAAUGAUGCGCCAUAUAUUGAUCCGGUUGUGCAGAAGCGCUUAGUGCGAAAACUUGAUAUGCGAAUGCUGAUAUGGUCUUUUCUUGCAUACUUUGCAAACUUGUUGGAUCGGAACAACUUGCAGAAUGCUUUCACUAUGGGCAUGGAGGAGGACUUGGACCUCAACUCGUCAGUUUACAACUGGGCUGUUACUAUGUUCUUCAUCGGUUAUAUUGUGUUGCAGAUUCCGGGUAAUAUCAUCAUCACCAAGUUUUCGCCUCGCUUGCUCCUCCCAUCUGUAGUCAUUACGUGGGGUGCUGUAGUGAGUUUUAUGGCGCUCAUUCAGGAUUACAAGUCACUCUGGGGUCUUCGUCUAUGCCUUGGUCUGGCAGAAGCUGCAUUCUAUCCGGGUAUGAUCUUCUUGCUUGGUAGCUGGUAUACUAAGGAGGAGUUAGGCAAACGAACAAUGUUUUUUGCUACUGGAAAUCAAGUAUCUGGCGCUUUUGGUGGUCUCAUUGCUGGUGGUAUUGCAGACACGAUGCAUGGUGCUGGAGGCUUACCGGCAUGGAAGUGGUUGUUUAUUAUUGAGGGUUUGAUCGGUGUUGUUAUUGGUGUGUUGGGAUUCUUUUUGCUCCCAAAUUUCCCACACAACACCAAAUGGCUUACCGAAGAAGAGCGUGUGCUCGCUGUUACCCGUGUACAAACCCAAGGCAAGCAGGUUGUUUCCAACGCGUACAAUUGGAGGACAGUGGCUAAUGUGAUGGCAACACCGUACUCCUGGCUGAUGAUUAUCAACUUUGCAUGCAUCUAUAUCGGCAACAAUAUGUCACUCAACUUUGCCAUUAUUCUUCGUGAUAUGGGCUAUCCCGUUUCGUUCUCCAACUAUAUGAACACGCCGGCCUACAUCUUUGGUGCCGUAAUUGCUAUUGCUAUUGGAUGGUCGUCGGACAAAACAGGUGAUCGCGCAUUCCAUGUUGCAGGCACACAACUCUGGGUCGGUAUAUGGUUCUUGAUAUUAGCGGUCGUGAACAAAGGAGACAAUCCAGCUGCACUCGUGUUUGCUGGGACAUACGCCAUCACCGCAAAUAUCAGUAUGACCGCUCUUUGUUUGGCUUGGUCCAAUGAAAUUUACAGAUCUGAUCAUAACACAAGAGCCGUUGCUAUUGCGUUUAUUAACGCGAUUGGUAACCUUGCACCAAACUUCGUGAACGUAAGAGCGUGGGUUGUUUCGGACUCGCCCGACUUUUGGUUAGGAAAGGCUACCAGUGCGGGUAUGAGCUUUGCAUCGGUGGCGCUAACUAUUUUUAUCUGGUUUCUACUCCGUAUCCAAUUCAUGGUACCAAAAGCUGUCGAAAAUGAGAAAAGCGAUGCUGUCGAGGAAGAAUCCUCGGUUGGAGGAGGGUCCAACAAAAUCCAAAAUCCUGCAUGA